GGCCGUGGUUAUCUCAAGAUUAUAGGCCCAUUUACAAUUGAAAAUGAAGUCCUAGCUUCUAAAAACUCAAUCAGGUAAUUAGGCAUACAUGAGUGAGUGAUCCAAUUAUAACCUGGUUAAGUAAUGUGGAACUCGAUGUUCUUGCUCCUGUCAUGUGUGUGUCAUUUCCCUUUGUAAGUGUGUGUAGAGCCCGUCCUUCCUUGGCAUAGUGAAACGAAGCAUUCGACUAUGAUUCCUAAUAUAUUAAUGGUUAAUUACCUGAUUGAGUUUUUAGGUCCCCAAAUGAUUAAGAAAUAAAUAUAUUUAGUAAUUGUCUCAAGCUUAUAAAUUUCAGGACCGGCCAAGUUGGGACUAGCUAUAGAUUGCUUUGAAACACAGGUACUUGAAAAAGCGGGCGGGAAAGUCUAGAGAGCGACAUGGAAAAAGGUUUAGUUAUUAUAAUUAAGCAUUGAGCAAGGAAGAUACCAUGUAAAAUAUUAUAUCGAACAAAGAUCGAAACAUCAAACAAAGUGCGUUCAGAUAAAUUUACGCAAAAAAGAUUUAGAAGAUUCAAAACAUCGAAAAAUAUGUCUUAAUCGGCCUUUCUCGUCAGUUUAUGCAAGAGCAAGAAAAAAUAACACAUAACUCUAAAUUAAAUCAGUUAAUUUUAAAUGGUUUGAAUUUCACCCUAAGAUUUUCUGGUCAUAUAUAGAACCUUUAGAUAUUCGAAAAGAAAAAUUUGCUAACAAUAAGAAAGAUAUAAUAACACAUAAGAAAAAGAGACAACUUUAGUUUGUUAUCUUACAUGUACAUAUAUAAACUAUGAGUUUUAUUACAAUACUGAUACGAAACAGUGGGAAAAGGAUAAAUAAUUUUUUUUAUUGAACUCACAAGCAUAAUAUUAAGUUCCCAUUCGUCUAGCUUUGUUAUUUCUUUUUAUUCCCGGGACAGUUACUUCCUUUUUCUCGUCCUAUCAUCUUAUUCUUCAUUACAUUAGCCAUGCAAAUACAACAAGAAAAUUAUGGCAACAAAGCCUUGGUACUCUAUUUAAUUUUAACCAAAUUCUUCAGUGCCAUUACAGCAUGCAUCAACAUCUGCUUAACUUCCAUAAAACAUUACGACCUUACUUAUAUAGAUUCUCAAUACCUACUUAUUACAACCUACUUGUCCUGAUGUCCCUCGAACAAAAAUUUACUCACCAUAAGAAAAUUAGAAACCGGCUGCUAUUUUACAUGCGGUUUUCCUUUGAUGAUAUAGUUAAGGUUAAUCAUCUUAAGGCUGAGACACAUUCACAGAUGUUAAAACAAAUAUCAAAAACAAUAGAAAAUAGUGGGGGUCAAAAGAAACUUUCAAUCUUCUGUUUGAUAAUGUAAAUAUGAACAUACUGUAGUUAUAUUGGUCAACUCAACUUCAUGAAAGAAAGUGUAACUCAAAAUACAUUAACCUAAACAUGAGUUUCAUUUUGAAAGAAAUUCUAAAACUGAGUUUCAUUUUGAAAGAAAUUCUAAAACUGAUACCGUACAUUCUCUUUAAUUUAUAUGAUAAAAUCUUGUAUCCUCACCCUAUAUAUUCUUAGUAUCUGUUCAUAUCAAAAUCCAUCCCAGCUUUUAAGCAUAAACGAAAUAAAAAGGACAAGGAAAAAAAAAAGAUUAACCAAUAAGGUGGGAAGCAAAGCUGUUGUCUCAGUCUACUUAAUUAUUUCACUGUGCGCUGCCAUCUUUGUCACUCAUGGAGUAGCUCAAAUGCAAAAUCCGCAGGCGAUUCCAGGACUUUUUCCACUUGACUUAGUACCUAUAGAUCUCGUCAAAUGUUGGUCGUCUCUCUUUACCGUCCAAGGAUGUGUCUUGGCAAUCUCCAACUCAUUUUUUUCUGGAAAAAUUGAAAACGUUGAAGCGGCAUGCUGCAAGGUGUUUUCAACUUUAGAUGCAAACUGUUGGCCAUAUAUGUUUCCUUUGAAUCCUUUCUUCCCUCCUCUCCUCAAGGACAAUUGUGCGCGUAUCAUCCCUAACUCCCCUGCACACAACUGAAAGGAACAAUGAUUGUUCAUCUACAGUUUUAGACUAGUAUAUUAGCUUCAAUGUCUAAGUUUUUCAUGUGUGAAGUCAAUUAUUAGGAGAGCCCUAUAUUUACCUUUUCCUCAAUAAAGUGAAAAUUUAGCAAUAUCUACAACUUUUGUCAAUGUGUCUUGGUCACAUUAUAGUUUUAUAAUUACAAAUACAUCACCGAAAAUGGGUUUGUUAUCUAUCUUCAGUUGGCUAACCAUGUAAAAUAAUAUAUCAGAAAUUAAAAAUCACAAAACACGACUCGAACAAAGAUUGAAAAAUCAAACAAAGAGCGUUCAGAUAAAUUGACGAAAAAGGGAUUUAGAAGUCUCAAAACGUCAAAAAUUAUGUCUUAAUAGGCCUUUCUCGUCAGUUUAUGCAAGGGCAAGAAAAGAUAACACAUAACUCUAAAUUAAAGCUGUUAAUUUUAAAUGGUUUGAGUUUCACCCUAAGAUUUUCUGGUCAUAGAACCUUUAGAUAUUCAAAAAGAAAAAUCUGCUAACAAUAAGAAAGAUAUAACAACACAUAAGGAUAAAAGACAACUUUAGUUUGUUAUCUUACAUGUACAUAUAUAAACUAUGAGUUUUAUUACAAUACUGAUACGAAACAGUGGGAAAAGGAUAAAUAAUUUUUUUAUUGAACUCACAAGCAUAAUAUUAAGUUCCCAUUCGUCUAGCUUUGUUAUUUCUUUUUAUUCCCGGGACAGUUACUUCCUUUUUCUCGUCCUAUCAUCAUAUUCUUCAUUACAUUAGCCAUGCAAAUACAACAAGAAAAUUAUGGCAACAAAGCCUUGGCACUCUAUUUAAUUUUAACCAAAUUCUUCAGUGCCAUUACAUCAUGCAUCAACAUCUGCUUAACUUCCAUAAAACAUUACGACCUUACUUAUAUAGAUUCUCAAUACCUACUUAUUACAACCUACUUGUCCUGAUGUCCCUCGAACAAAAAUUUACUCACCAUAAGAAAAUUAGAAACCGGCUGCUAUUUUACAUGCGGUUUUCCUUUGAUGAUAUAGUUAAGGUUAAUCAUCUUAAGGCUGAGACACAUUCACAGAUGUUAAAACAAAUAUCAAAAACAAUAGAAAAUAGUGGGGGUCAAAAGAAACUUUCAAUCUUCUGUUUGAUAACGUAAAUAUGAACAUACUGUAGUUAUAUUGGUCAACUCAACUUCAUGAAAGAAAGUGUAACUCAAAAUACAUUAACCUAAACAUGAGUUUCAUUUUGAAAGAAAUUCUAAAACUGAUACCGUACAUUCUCUUUAAUUUAUAUGAUAAAAUCUUGUAUCUUCACCCUAUAUAUUCUUAGUAUCUGUUCAUAUCAAAAUCCAUCCCAGCUUUUAAGCAUAAACGAAAUAAAAAGGACAAGGAAAAAAAGAAAGAUUAACCAAUAAGAUGGGAAGCAAAGCUGUUGUCUCAGUCUACUUAAUUAUUUCACUGUGUGCUGCCAUCUUUGUCACUCGUGGAGUAGCUCAAAUGCAAAAUCCGCAGGCGAUUCCAGGACUUUUUCCACCUGGCUUAGUACCUAUUGAUCUCGUCAAAUGUUGGUCGUCUCUCUUUACCGUCCAAGGAUGUGUCUUGGCAAUCUCCAACUCAUUUUUUUCUGGAAAAAUUGAAAACGUUGAAGCGGCAUGCUGCAAGGUGUUUUCAACUUUAGAUGCAAACUGUUGGCCUCAUAUGUUUCCUUUGAAUCCUUUCUUCCCUCCUCUCCUCAAGGACAAUUGUGCGCGUAUCAUCCCUAACUCCCCUGCACACAACUGAAAGGAACAAUGAUUGUUCAUCUACAGUUUUAGACUAGUAUAUUAGCUUCAAUGUCUAAGUUUUUCAUGUGUGAACUCAAUUAUUAGGAGAGCCCUAUAUUUACCUUUUCCUCAAUAAAGUGAAAAUUUAGCAAUAUCUACAACUUUUGUCAAUGUGUCUUGGUCACAUUAUAGUUAUAUAAUUACAAAUACAUCACCGAAAAUGGGUUUGUUAUCUAUCUUCAGUUGGCUAACCAUGUAAAAUAAUAUAUCGGAAAUUAAAAAUCACAAAACACGACUCGAACAAAGAUUGAAAAAUCAAACAAAGAGCGUUCAGAUAAAUUGACGCAAAAGGGAUUUAGAAGUCUCAAAACGUCGAAAAAUAUGUCUUAAUCGGCCUUUCUCGUCAGUUUAUGCAAGGGCAAGAAAAGAUAACACAUAACUCUAAAUUAAAGCUGUUAAUUUUAAAUGGUUUGAGUUUCACCCUAAGAUUUUCUGGUCAUAGAACCUUUAGAUAUUCAAAAAGAAAAAUCUGCUAACAAUAA